AUGCCCGAGCCUCCAUCACCCGCAAGCUCAAGUUCAGUGAACUGUUUUGCAACCACCCUCCUUGCGAAGAGUAUCAAGAGCGGCGUAUUUCCUUCCCUACGGCGCAUCCGCAUACCCCACGACCCCCAAGGCCUCAUCCAAGCACUUUGCAAGCCGCUUGUCACAGCAUUGCUCCCGUUUGACAUGGCCACAUCAAGCUUCGUAUCAAGUCCGACGCAAGAUGGGGCCGAGAUCGCUGAGCGAAAAGCUCGUGCCGAUUCUGCUACCGGAUCUCCGAUGACGCCGACUAGUCCCGCGCAAGCUAUGUUGACACCGACACGCUCUCGACUCGAAGCUCAGGCCCGCAUACUGGCAGCUCGUAAAAAUGCUCGUAUGAAGGUCCGACUCUAUAAUUCUAGCAACGAUGCACAAAGCAAUAGAGCGAUUGGUGGAUUUGUUGGCCAGGUCGGUAGUCAGAUCACGUACGACCUGAGACCUGAUAGGCGACGAAUGUGCGACGCUGUUGCUGAAGAUGGCGAGGAGCGAAAUGAAUGGAUUACAAACAUUGAGGAUCUGGUGGAGGAGCAGGAUCUCAGUGGCUCUGGCACGCGCAGGAAGUUGUGGAAUGAAUGUGGACACCGGGUCAGAGGCAAGACCGUUCUAGUGGAAGAAUUGUUCCGGAGCGCAUCGUGA